UGAAAAUGGGAUAUUCGAUUGGCAUUCCCGGCGAAGAUGGCGGAGGUACCCUCGGUGGAUUUUUCACCCUCAGCCAUGAUGGUUCUACCCAUCAUGGCUUCCUCACUAAUUACCACGUCGUACGCCCUCCAACCAGUGCAAACGAAUCUGUUAAAGAGAAAUACGACCGGGUUGGGACCUUUUUCUCAGAGAACUCGGAGUUUUCCGAGGUCAUCUGUUUUUCGCCAAGGGACUGUCGUGCUGUAUCACGUCAUCUAAGCAAGUAUCAUGAGGAAUUGCAGGCAAGCUGGAACAAUUUCAAAGAUGAGAUCGCCAUACGCCAGGAGGCAGGGGCAAGAGUAUCGACUGGCCUACAAAUGAGGCAUGACUGCGCGAGGGAGGAUAUUGAAAUCUGCGGAAAAAAACAAGAUAUCGUCUCCAAAAUGCCACGAACUCUUGGAAAGGUCCUCAUUUCCAGUGGAAAGGGCACUUCGCGAGGUCGGAUCGUGGAUUGGGCGUUCAUCUCUCUCGAUCAAAGUGACUUCCAACGCAAUAUUAUGCCAGAUACUCGGCACUUCAAUGGUCCCUUUGAGGGGGAUUCACAUCCAAGGUUCCAAAUCAAAUCAGGUUAUCCUUUGACCGACUUUGGCGAUUUGGUCAAGAAUGAGCCCGUCUUCAAGGUUGGCCGAACGACAGAUCUCACCGGGGGAAUAUGUAAUGGCGUCAAGCAACUGUGCCACUGGAAAGCGGCAGAUAGGCGGCGCUAUGAGAACGGCGAGGAAGUUCAACUAGGCGAUAUUACGGAGGAGUUCGUCAUCGUCGGCCAGCGCAAAUCAGCAGGGAGGAUGGAGCAAGAAAUCUUCGCUGAGAACGGCGACUCUGGAUCGAUUCUGGUUGAUGCGUCGGGAAGUGUUUGUGGUCUGCUCUACGCAGGCACGGCCAUCCAUGCAGGCUCGUUGUACCAGGGGUCUGUUGGACUCGCAAUGACUAUGUCGGAUGUGCGUGCUUCAAUCAAGGCCAAAGGCUGUGAGCUCGGCCUUGAACAAUGAACACCAGACCGAAAUUUGUUUCAAUAAGCUUGGGACGUUGUCAUUAACCCCGAGGCCAUGUCUUUUUCUUCUUUUCACCCUUGAUUUAUUGAUGAAAAUCGUG